UAAGGAGAUUACCAAGAUACGGUAUUACCUGUGGCUUUGUCGGUGACAAUCGGUGAUGGUAACGAUGAUGUGUCAAGAUGUUAGUGUCAGACAACUGUCAGUGAGAAGUAUCGUCGAGUUGUCAAAAUGUAUCUGCUGCUGUGCUGGUGAUGCGAGAUAGGUGAUACUGAUAAUACGGUUAUGAAUAGUUACGAACCGAAAUGUUGCUCUGACUUAUCAAUAAACCGAAUUCUUUAAAGUUCAGGCAAAUGUUAUUCCAUUAUUUAUAAAUAAUUAUCAGCCUUUCAAUGUUAUUUAAAAAUAAUAUUUUGAACACAUCGAGAUGGUCGAAGAGGAUAUGUAAUCUCUGCGGAGAGCUAGGCAAGGCCGGGCAGCGGUAAGCGGUCGGGCAGAUGGGCACGGAGGGGUCGCGGCGCGAGGCGCUGACGGUGGUGCUGCUGUGCGGCGCGUGGUACGCCGCCAGCUCGGCCAGCAACGUGGUGGGCAAGCUGGUGCUGACGGACUUCCCGUUCCCGGUGACGGUGACCAUGGUGCAGCUGCUGAGCGUGGUGCUGCUGAGCGCGCCGGCGCUGGCCGCGUGCGGCGUGCGGCGCCAGACGGACUUCCCGCGCCGCUACUACUUGCGCACGCUGGUGCCGCUCGCUUUCGCCAAGUUCCUCACCACCAUAUGCUCACAGGUGUCUAUUUGGAAGGUGCCCAUCUCCUACGCGCACACAGUGAAAGCAACGACGCCGUUGUGGACAGCCGGGCUGGCGCGGCUGCUGUUCGGCGAGCGAGUGCCGCGCGGCGUGCCGCUGGCGCUGGUGCUGAUCGCGCUGGGCGUGGGCGUGGCGUCGGCCACGGAGCUGCAGUUCGACGCGCUGGGGCUGGGCGCGGCGCUGGCGGCGGCGGCGCUGCUCAGCCUGCAGCACCUGUUCUCCAAGCGCGUGAUGCGCGACACGAGCGUGCACCACCUGCGCCUGCUGCAGGUGCUGGGCCGCCUGGCGCUGCUGCUGUUCACGCCGCUGUGGGCGUGGGCGGACGGGCCGGCGCUGCUGGCGGGCGCGGCGCCGCGCGCGGGCUGGGCGGCGGGCGGCGCGCUGCUGGCGGCGGACGGGGUGCUGGCGUGGCUGCAGGCGGUGGCGGCGUUCAGCGUGCUGUCGCGCGUGACGCCGCUGGCGUACGCCGUGGCGUCGGCCGCCAAGCGCGCGGCCGUGGUGGGCGCGUCGCUGCUGCUGCUGCGCAACCCCGCGCCGCCGCUGAACCUGCUGGGCAUGGCGCUGGCGGCGCUGGGGGUGCUGGCCUACAACCGCGCCAAGCUGCAAGCGCGCCGAGCGCCCACGCUGCCUGUCUGACUUUAGUUUGCUCAUUUCAAAUGAAAAACAAUAAAACCACAAGGAUAUUUUUAUAUUGAAGUGUCAUUGAUGCAUAAUGCAGGUUUUUUUUCUAAUAAUAGUGAAGACUGUUAUUUCGUUUGUUCGUAUAAAAACCUGGUUUAGUUGAUAUUUCCAAGAAGUACUUCUGUGGAUAAAAGGAAAGGAACCUCACUAGUUUACAAGAUAACAUCGAUCAAUCUGAACUGGACCUUAUAUGUAUUACCUACGUGGAAAAAACAGUAUUGUUACUAGCAUGUGGCUUAGUCGACUUGUUUAUGAGAUUUAUUAACAAAUGUAUAUAUUUUAUUAAUAUGUAUACAAUAUACAAAGACUUUUA